GUAACACGUCACUAGUGACAUAGUACGUAAAUGCUCGUAAAAAAAAUAUUUGGAUGGAAACGUUAAAAAAACGGUAAAUGAAAUACAGUGAUAGUGACUUUUCCCGAUAAUAAUUUAUUGUAUAAUAAAUAUCUACACGAUUUUAUAAUUAUUUAAUAUUUCAAAAUAUAAUUGUAAUUCUGUUUUAUAACCUACAUUCAAAGUAAAAUAUUGUUACUGUAAUUAUACAGGUAAUCGUUAAUAUUUAAGGGAAAUAAAAUAGUAUUGUAUUUAAAAUUAUCAAAAGAAAAAGAUACAAUGGUUUUAUAUGUACGACAUUUUCUAUCAUUAGUUUUACAAUCGACAAAAUUUAUAACAAUUCGACAUAUGAGUACUGUCUGUAUGACUGAUACAGUAAAAUCAUUACUCUAUAAAGAAUAUGGUGAACCAGUGAAUGUAUUACAAAUCACAAAAGAAACAAUAAAUAAACCAGAUAAAUAUCAGGUUGCAGUGAAGUGGCUAUUAGCACCUGUAAAUCCAGCUGAUAUAAAUACAAUUCAAGGUAAAUAUCCAAGUAAACCUUCAUUGCCAGCCAUUCCAGGAAAUGAAGGUAUUGGAGAAAUAGUAGAUGUUGGUGCUGAAGUAGCAAAUUUAUGCAUUGGGGAUAGAGUUAUUCCCAAUGCUUCUAAUUUGGGAACAUGGAGAACACAUGCAAUUUAUAAAUCAGAAGAUUUGUUAAAGAUUCCAAAAGAAGUUGGAAUUGUAGAAGCUAGUAUGAUGAAUGUUAAUCCAUGUACUGCAUAUAGAAUGCUUAAAGAUUUUGUAUGUUUAAAACCUGGAGAUACUGUUAUACAAAAUGGAGCUAAUUCAGCAGUAGGACAAUUGAUUAUACAAUUGUGUAAAAUAUGGAAUUAUCGAACUGUUAAUGUUAUCAGAGACAGACCAAAUUUACAAGAAUUAAAGAAUCUAUUAAUGUGCAUGGGAGCUGAUGAAGUAUUAACUGAAAAUGAAAUUCGAACGACUCAAAUUUUUAAAAAUAAAAAAUUACCUCAGCCAAAAUUAGCACUUAAUUGUGUUUGUGGCCAAAGUGCUACAGAAAUUAUGAGACAUCUUGCACAUGGAGGUACAAUGGUUACAUAUGGUGGUAUGUCUAGGGAACCUGUGACUGUUCCAGCUUCAAUUUUUAUUUUUAAAAAUAUAAGUCUACAAGGAUUUUGGAUGACCGCAUGGACUAAGGCAAAUAUGGAAUCAAAAAAACGACAAGAUAUGUAUGAUGAAUUAAUACUUUUCUUUAAGGAUAAAAAAUUACAAGCUCCACCACACAAAGUUGUAUCUUUCUCUCAAUAUCAAGAAGCUAUUACAAAUGCACUCAAUAUUAGUGGCAAAACUGGAGUAAAAUACAUUUUGGAUAUGACUAAAAAUUAGUUAUAAUGAUUUAUAGAGAAUUAUUUGUGCAUUUAACAUACUUUCGUUGAUACGAAUAUAUCAUUGAUACGAAUGUAUAUUGUAUGGAGAUAAAAAUAUUACAUCAUUGAAUGAGAUGUAUUGGAAGGAAGUUUGUUUACAUCAACGACCAUCUGAUGUACCAAUGCAACACAUUCUUGUCCAGUUGUAUUGCUAACCAUGUCACGCAUUGCAUCUAUAUGAUUUAAUGUAAGAAGAAUGACUUCUCUUGGACCAGUAACUACACUCAAUUGAUAUUUUACCAUCAUCGUCAUUAGAUCAAAUAAUUUGUCCAUGCUACUAUUAUCCAAUCUCAUGAUAGAGGAUAAAGCAGCACAUUCUAAAGUAGGACGCAAUGAUGCUACAGCUAUAACUGGGCCUUUUUUAAAUACUGAAGAAAGUGCUGUGACAUUGAGUAAAGCUGCAGUUACAUCAUUUAAUACUGUAAUGUACAAAAAAAAAAGUUCAAGAAAUUUGCUGAUUUAAGCAUUCUU